ACACGUGCGCCUAGUAUAAAAUGUUUUCACGUCGUCAUAGCUCGUAUCAUUUCUAGUUUCUGUUAAAACGCAAAAGGCAUAGAGAAGGGUAAAUGGCGACGACACUUGUGCGAUCUGGUUUUCUUCGAAAUGUUCUACGACGAGGAGGCGCUCCCGCUCGUAGCUCUCCCACUCCUAAGCGAAACUUUUCUUCCUCUGGUCAUCAUGACGAUGCAUAUGAAACUGCCAAAUGGGAGAAGAUCACAUAUCUGGGCAUUGCUUCAUGCACUCUUUUAGCCUGUUAUAAUCUAUCAAAAGGACACCCUCACUUUGAUGAAGCUCCUGCAUAUCCAUAUUUGCAUAUCCGCAAUAAGGAAUUCCCAUGGGGUCCUGAUGGGCUAUUUGAAACGAAGAACGAGCACCACUAGGAGUAUUAGUGGUUUCAUGAGGGUGGUUUGCGGGCACUGAUGUCUUCCUUUUUCUGUAGCCUCUGAAAAUGUGAUUAUUGCAGUUUCGUAUUGUUUAUUGAAUUGUGAUCCACAACUUGCACUUGGCAUGUUAUUUUUCAUGCUGUCUUCUUUCUCAUGGUUGAAGCAAAAUAAAUUGUUAAACGAUAUUUUGAUGUGUUUUAUUUCGAGCCUUGUUCAGUUGUUUCAAUUUUUAAAGAAAACGAUCCAAUAUGACAAGAAAAACUUUUUCUCGUG